GAGAGAGGAGUCACGUGGUGCCGGAACUAAAGUGCGCAACUGUUUAUCGAGGCGUUCAUCUCUGAUCGUGGAAUAAUAACACACUCCUUAAUUAAAUAGCGUCGCGCUGAAAUUAACAUCUGUUUUAAUCGAGUGUUAAUCGACAUGACGCUGAACCGAAACCAUCACCCAAACGGAGGAGUCCUGAUCCAGGCCGGAGAGAGCAUCUUACGAGAAUGCAAGAAUGUCGAACUUUCCUUCAGUGACAUCACGCCCAAAAAUGACCUGUUCAAGGGAACCAAGAAGGGCUCUGUGUACCUCACCCAGUACAGGAUGGUGUUUGUCAGCAGCACAAUGAAAGAGAAGUUCUGCUCCUUCAUGUUCCCGUAUUACCUGAUGAAGAACUGCAGCAUCGAGCAGCCGGUGUUCGCUGCAAACUACAUCCAGGGUUUGAUCAAAGCUGAGGCCGGAGGUGGAUGGGAAGGUCAGGCUAACUUCAAGAUGUGUUUCCCCAGCGGAGGAGCCAUCGAGCUGGGACAGCACCUCUUCAAACUGGCCACCAACGCGUCUCGAGCUCCUCCGGCUCAGAAUGGAGCGUUCGGAUUGGCCGCAGGGAUGAACGGAUACGCCAAUCCAGCCAUGCCGCAGGCGUACCCGUACCCAUAUCCCACCAUGCCACAGGCCGGGUACAACCCCUACCCACAACCCCCAGCUGCUGCAGGUGUGUAUCCCAGCGCUCCUAUGUACAUGGCUCCUCCUCCUCCAUACCCCGGACCUCCUCAGAACUGGUGUCCUCCUCCAGUGGCUCCUGGAAACGCUAAAGCAGCAGAAGCGGCCAGCAGCGCCUUCUACAAUCCCAGCAACCCUCACAACGUCUACAUGCCCAUGGAUCAGCCUCCUCCAUAUUUCCCCCCUGAGAAUCCAGAGAAGAAGAACAACUGAACGACAUGAACACAGACUCUUCUGGAGGAUCGCAGCGAUUCGCUCGUGUGCUGGAUGGUUCUUUUCGAACGAUUCAUUUGAUUCGGUGUGUUUCUCUCUGGCAGAGCUGAUGCAGCCGAUACAUUUAUGCAGUUUCACUAUUUAGCCAGAAAAGUAAAAUUAACACUUCUAUUUCUGCCUACUCAGUUUUUAAUCCUGGUGUGUCUGUGUGUGCGUGUGUGACGCUGAACUCUUCUGUAAAUUCCUUUUGAUAAUAUUAUAAUCAUAAUUCAUAGCUGACAGUGGAUCAGUCCUGAUAGAGUUGUAGACGGAUGAAUAAAGCUCUAUAUUCUGUCACUGUUCUUGUGUUUCUGUUCAUUUCAUUAAUGUUCAAGCUCUCUUCGGAUAACUUCAAUUCUAACUUUUAUUAUGCAAAUGUCUCAUUAAAAAAUGUAUAAAUCUGA